CUCCUCGCCGGGGGUCGAGUCGCCCAGCGCCGCCUGAGCCUCGGCGGCCGCCAUGCUGGCACUGUUUUCCUCCGCCACUUAUAGCGAUAAGCCGAGGCUGGAGGGGCUCGCGGACCCUUCGCUUGGCAAUGAAAAUUAGAAAUGAACUCUUCAGUCCGAAGAGGUGGUGGCGGCUCAGGACCACAGAGGAACUACAAAUACCGAAGACUUUCAAGCACUGAAAAAGGAUCUGGCCUCUGCUACAGUUCUGGAGAUGAAGAUGAAGAAGAAAUAUUCUCAUCACAGGGUACUGAGCUGAUAAAACUAAAUGGUCGUGGCAGCAGUACUUCUAAAGGCUGCAGUAGUGACUCAUCAGCCAAGUAUACACCCAACUAUGAACAUCUUGUCGACCGACCAAUCAAGCACGGGGAAACCUUGACUGGUUUGGCUCUGAAGUACAGGAUCCCCGUGGCAGAAUUGAAGAGAAUCAACAAAAUUAUCCAAGAAAAUGAAUUCUAUGCUCUGAAAUCCUUAAAAAUACCUAUUAAGGCCAAUUCCAUACUUGCUGAGGUACUACAGGAAGAACAGUCCCAGGAUGACUUGGCAUCCAAUAACGUUGCCACCACCAGGGCAGCAAUGCUUGGCACAAGAAGUGUCAGCAGCUGUAGUGAGUAUGAGAGUGAUUCUGAAAUGCAUGUGGGUUACAUAAGUAUUAACCGUAUUUUGAGAGACACAAAAACCAAAAAAGAAGCAAAGAGAUUUCUUGAUUCCAUGCAGAAGGAUUUAGCUGAUAUUCGUGAAAAAACUAACUCAUAUAAGAGCUCUCUUGAUGAAGUGGCGGCAGCUCUUACUGACCAGCGGUUUCAGCCAUUGGAUCAGCAAGAGGGUGGGUGCUCAGGGGCUGACUGGGGCAUUUCAUGGUGGAGGAUAUUAUUAGUGGGGAGUUUACUUCUUGUUGGUAUUCCUUUCGUUGUGUAUCUUUAUUUGAGCUUUUAGAACAACUUGAGUGAAUAUUGUAUACUAUAUAUAUAGAUAUAUAUAUAAUUUUAAGGAUUACAGUAAGUACAUUCCUACCCAUUGGCUUUUCUUUGAAGUCAAGGCCAUAUUUUUGCAUGUAUAUGAUUUAUGUAGUAAUACAACUAAAACCUUAAAUAUUGUUAACUACACUUUAGCAUGAACAUAUUUUGUAAAAUUUAAAAAAAAAAUAUAUAAAGAAAGGGAUCAGAUCAUACAUCUACUGUGGCAGCUUUUAGUACUAAUAAUAGUUUCCUCCUGACUUAUUAAAGUUGUCAGCAGAUUCAUGGCUCAAUAUGAGUCAUGGUUUUCUGUGUGUUCAUCACAUUUCUUUGAUAUGCAGGGAAUUGAGAGAUUAAUAUGUGGAAAUGGUUAUUUUUGUAAAUAAAUGUUGUUGGUGAAUUUCAUAUGCUUACAAGUAAAAUGCUUCCAUGUGUGUGUGUGUGUGUGUGUGUGUGAGAGAGAGAGAGAGAGAGGAUUUCUUCAUACUCUAUUAAUAAUUUGUGCAUUUCUGAACUGUUUAUGUUAUGUGACAUUUAUGUUAUGGAACCUUCUUUAGGUUGGGAAAGAAUUGCAUACAUGCCUAAAAUGUUUAACCCUUUCCAUCCGUGACACAGACGUUGGCGUAACAGUAUGGAAAGGGUCAAGAGGAAAUGGAAGAGGAUUAAUCCUCUUCUAAAUCUCUCAAUCCUCCUCUAAAUUCCUCUCAAUCCUCUUCCAUUUCCUCAUAAGAGGUUUAAAAGAGGAUUAAGGGGAAAUGGAAGAGGAUCAAGAGUUUUAGAAGAGAACUAAAACCCUUUCCAUACGGGAACGCUGUCGGUGUCACCGGAGUGAAGGGGUUAAUGAAGCAUUACAAGAACUAGAGUUUAUAACUAAUAUCUGAAGGAAAAGCUUAGUAUGGUUGAAGUUUCUCACUGGUUAUAUACUUGAUUUAUGAGCCUCAAAAAUUAUUAGCGUUGAAAAAAAAAUGUUAUUUCAUAAGUAAGGACCCAAUAUAAAUAAAAAAGAUAUUUUGAUAAAGUGGCUGUAACAAUACAUCAAUGAAAGUUG